GAUAAGAGAAAAUCCGAAAUGAAGCAAACAUUGCCCAUUCAUUCCUUCCAUCGUUCUUCCCGUCCAUAUAUUUCCUUUUUCUCUUCUUCAUUUCCAACACCACACUAACACUCCAAACCACCACUAAAAAUGGCCUCCGCCACAGCACCCACCACCCUCUCCCUCCUCAAAACCACCGCCUCCUCCUCCUCCUCCACCACCCGCGCCCGCCCCUCCCUCCUCCCCAUCUCCGGCCUCCGCGCCACCUCCCUAUCCCGCCUAAGUUUUACCGCAGCCGACUCACUUUUCAGCCAACACGUCGCAUCAAAAAUCAAAACUCUUACCUCCUCUAGUAAACCAUCCAGGGCAGUUGUUUCCAUGGCUAAAAAAAGUGUUGGAGAUUUGACUGCCUCUGAUUUGAAAGGAAAAAAAGUUUUUGUUAGAGCUGAUUUAAAUGUGCCGUUGGAUGAUAACCAGAAGAUCACUGAUGACACUAGAAUUAGAGCUGCAAUUCCCACUAUUAAGCAUUUGAUGCAAAAUGGUGCUAAAGUUAUUCUUUCUAGUCAUUUGGGAAGGCCGAAAGGUGUUACUCCGAAAUUCAGCUUGGCGCCUCUUGUUCCUCGUUUGUCUGAACUCCUCGGCAUUGAGGUUGUGAAGGCUGAUGAUUGUAUUGGCCCGGAAGUAGAAAAAUUGGUUGCUUCGCUUCCUGAGGGUGGUGUUCUUCUUCUGGAGAAUGUAAGGUUUUACAAGGAGGAGGAAAAGAAUGAGCCUGAGUUCGCGAAGAAGCUUGCUUCCUUGGCAGAUCUGUUUGUGAAUGAUGCUUUUGGAACUGCACAUAGAGCACAUGCCUCAACUGAGGGAGUUACAAAAUUCUUAAAGCCUUCUGUUGCUGGCUUCCUUUUGCAAAAGGAGCUGGACUACCUUGUUGGUGCAGUUUCAACCCCAAAGAGGCCUUUUGCUUCCAUUGUUGGUGGUUCAAAGGUCUCAUCCAAGAUUGGAGUUAUUGAGUCGCUCCUCGAGAAGUGUGAUAUCUUGCUUUUGGGUGGAGGUAUGAUUUUCACAUUUUACAAGGCUCAAGGCCUAUCAGUGGGCUCAUCCCUGGUCGAGGAAGAUAAGCUUGAAUUGGCAACGUCUCUCCUUGAGAAGGCCAAGGCUAAAGGAGUGUCCCUUUUGUUACCCAGUGAUGUGGUUAUUGCAGACAAGUUUGCUCCUGAUGCCAACAGUAAGGUUGUGCCUGCCUCAGCCAUCCCUGACGGCUGGAUGGGUUUGGAUAUUGGACCAGAUUCUAUUAAGACAUUUAAUGAUGCUUUGGACACUACCAAAACUGUCAUCUGGAAUGGACCAAUGGGAGUGUUUGAGUUUGACAAGUUUGCAGUUGGAACAGAGGCUAUUGCAAAGAAGCUGGCAGAGCUUAGCGGCAAGGGAGUCACAACAAUUAUUGGUGGAGGAGAUUCUGUUGCUGCCGUAGAAAAAGUGGGAGUUGCUGAUGUUAUGAGCCACAUAUCAACUGGCGGCGGUGCCAGCUUGGAGUUGUUGGAAGGCAAACAGCUUCCGGGAGUUCUUGCUCUUGAUGAAGCAACACCAGUAGCUGUGUAAGGUUAAACUGAUUUUUUUUUCCGCAUCCCUGUCUUGGUCUGCUUAUAUACGAGAAAGGGUGACUGUAGAAAGAUAUGAGGUCGUAUUGUAAAUUUUUUUCUUCUUUAUUCCGCCGUUGUUUCUUCAUUCUAAAAUUGCCAAGAGAACCGGUGAGGAUUGGCAAAGAGAUUCAUCCUAGUGUCUAAAUAAAUGGUUCAUUUUCAGUUGAA